UUCAGUCAGCUGAUCUGAGGAUGUAAACACUGACCACGUGCGGCUGAUCAAUGAGCGCUGGACUUUGAUCAUUCAGUUAGUUAUUAGUUUUGCAGUCUAUCUCCUAAACGGCUGUGUGUCGUGUGUGUGUUUGUCCUGCUGCAGACGUUUUAAUGGCCCCGUUAAAGUUUUGUGCCAAUAUUUCCUGGCUCUUCACGGAGUUGCCGGAGUUCACGCAGAGGAUGCGCGCCGCGGCGCGUGCGGGGUUCCGAGCGGUCGAGGCGGCGUGGAUCUACGACGCGGACCUGAAAGAGUUAAAAACUGUGAAGGAUGAAACUGGACUCGAAUUUGCGCUCAUAAACACACCCCCGGGAGAUUUAAAUGCAGGAGAUUUGGGAUUGUGUGCUGUUCCCGGGAGAGAGCAGGAGUUCAGGCAAGGUUUGGAUCUGGCGGUGCGGUUCGCUAAAGCACUGGACUGCAGAAGGAUCCACCUGAUGGCCGGGAGGGUUCCUGCGGGGGCCGAGCGAUCUGCCGUUGCCAUGGAGAUGGAGGACACGUUUGUGCAGAACCUGAAACUUGCUGCAGGCGUCCUCUCACAGGAAGGGAUUCUUGGACUGAUUGAGCCAAUCAACACCAGGAUAACAGAUCCACGAUACUUCCUCCACUCCCCACACCAGGCCGCAGGGAUUCUCCAGAGAGUCGGUCAUCCCAGCAUCAGGAUGCAGAUGGACCUGUACCACUGGCAGAUCAUGGAUGGAAACUUAACGCAAAAUAUACGCAAAUACUUACCAAUGACAGGCCACAUCCAGAUCGCUCAAGUUCCCGACCGCCACGAGCCGGACAGCGAUGGAGAGGUCAGCUUCUCGUUCCUCUUUAAACUGCUGGAGGAGCUGGACUAUCAGGAGUACAUCGGCUGCGAAUACAAACCGCGGGGUUCCACUGAAGCGGGUCUGGACUGGGUGAAAAGAUACUGGAACGAUCACAACCGAGGACCAAUUUAACUUCUUAAAUUCAUGCAUUUUCUAAAAGGGCAGCGUGUAUUAAAAUGCCAAGACUGUAAUUUUCUGUCGUUUUAUUAAUAUUUCACUAUGAAACAGCACAGGACAUAAAGAACACGUUUUAAUUUAA